AUGGUUGCGAACUCUAGUUCAUGGUCCAAUGAUUCAGACAUCACUGCAAUGCAACAUGAAAGUGAUGAUUCUAUUGUUCAAGAUGAUUCGUUGAAUGUUGAGACACUAACAUAUCUACAAGGCGAAGCAGAAGAUCUUGAUGAUCCAGAAGUAGUAGCAGAAAUUGGAUCAGACGUUGAAGAUGGAAAUUCUGAUAUCGAAUUAUCUAGUGAUGAAUCUGAAUAA